AUGAACUGGUUUCAGAUUCUGACUGCAGAAGGCUGGCAUGACCUGGACAACACUGAGUAUGACUGCUGGCCCAUAAAAGAACCAAACGAUUACAACAUGAUUAGCUGUGGCGGCUUAGAAAUGGCUUGGGUUCAACGUCCACCAGAAAAAGUCACGGAUGGGGAGGAGUUCAACGUUACCUACUCUGUCACUGCCUCGGAUUCCUUUUAUGAAUACGCCGUUAAAAACAAGAUUUUCCAGUUCGGUAAUGCCUCAGAGGCCAAAAGAUUCUGCCUCGAGCACGAAUGUCCCGCAAACUGGAACAACGCCAAUGAAGACAACUGCUGUGUUUACCACGUCAACAUUCACUCCUGUCCUCUUGCGCUCAUGAGAGGCGGAGGGAUUUGUGGUCCCUGGAUUCCAGAUGAUGGCGAAAUUGUAACCCACACGGUAUCCAAAGCUGGCAAGAUGAGCCAACUGCUCUGGACAUCAAAGGUGGUGCUGGUCCAUUUAGGAGUUACAUCGGUCAUUGCUCAUAUCAAAGUGGGACAGAUGCAUUCAGCAAUAGAGUCCAAGGUGUUAGUAGUCAGCGCUCAAGUGUGUGGCGACGACAUCUGUGAGCUGGAGGAGAGCUGUCUGACAUGUCCUGCUGACUGUGGGGUUUGUCCUAUGUCCACAUCCAUCAAAGUGGCCAUUGGGCUUCCUGUGGCCUUGUUCUGCAGUGGUUUCAUCUUGACGCUGGUGGUGAGAAUGUCGGUUCAACACUUGACAAUGAUUUGCAAGUCGAUACAACUUGCAGAUGAUAAAAUGGGACAAGAAACUUACAUUGAAGGAAGGAAUAGAUCAAAUAGAUUUUGAUUUGAUUUGAACCAAGUAAGCAAUCAAUUUUCUUCCUGUUCUCA